UUUAUCAUACCCACUUGUGCAUUGGAGUCUGAUAACGUUCCUUUAGAACAGAUAGCUUGAGUUUUAGGUAGAACGACGAUGAAAGCUUGAACUCCUCAGACUGGACUAUUACAAAUUUGAAUACUAGUUGAGAAGCAAGUGGUUGAUAUAAUGUCCCAGCCAACUCAAAAUAUGGAAAGUGUGCCAUCUGCAUCAGCUACACAACCUACAAGUUUUGAUGCACCAAUUGAAAUCAAUUCUGAAUCAGCACCCACUCCAAGUUCAGGGGUUACAGGACUCGCAACAUCACAGGCGAGGAAGAGAAAAUUGACUUCAAAAGUUUGGAAGGAUUUUGAAAAUGUGAUAUUGGAUGGGCCAAAUGGGGGGUCUUUUGCUAUUUGUCAUCAUUGUAAGAAGAAGCUUGUUGCUGAACCUUCAUCUGGUACUAGUCAUUUAAAACAACAUUUAAAGAGGUGUGUGAAGCGAACUAAUACUGAUAUACGUCAAAAAAUGAUUGCACGUCCUCCAAAUGUUGAUGGGUCAAUGCAAUUUGGCAAUUUUACAUUUACCCAAGAAGUUUCAAGGAAUGAACUUGCUAAUGCAAUUGUUUUGCAUGAGUAUCCUCUUAGUAUUGUUGAGCAUAUUGGAUUUAAAAGGUUUGUUAGCAGCCUCCAGCCCGGCUUCACAAUGAUGACUCGGAAUACAAUCAGGAGUGAUAUUAUGAAGCUUUAUCAGUCGAAGAAAGUGAAAGCUUAUAGGUUGUUUGACAAACUUGAGAGUCGAGUUGCUAUCACGACUGAUAUAUGGUCUUCUAGACAGAAAAGAGGUUACAUGUCAAUCACUGCUCACUAUGUUGAUGAAUUUUGGCGCUUGCAAAAUAUGAUUAUUGGGUUUGUUUAUGUGCCUUCUCCACACACAAGUGAGAUUCUCUGUGAUGCACUUAUGAAUUGCUUCCUGGAUUGGAACUUGGACAGAAAGAUAUCUACUAUUACGGUAGAUAAUUGUACAACCAAUGAUGCAUUGAUUCAGGGUCUUUCGAACAAGUUGUCUAUUCGUAGUAAGUCACUUCUCUUGGAUGGUAAAAUUUUUCAUAUGCGUUGUGCUGCACAUAUAUUAAACUUGAUUGUGAAGGAUGGUCUAGAUAUAAUUGGAGGCGCAAUUGGGAAAAUUCGUGAUAGUGUUCACUUUUGGACGGCUAGCCAAGCUAGAGAAGAAAAAUUUGUGGAGGUAGCCAAUGGAAUUCUACAUAUUUGA